CAAGAGCGCGUCAAGAAAGAGUCAUCGAGGAGAGCCUCACGAAGCCGCGGGGGAUUACAGACACAUUGAUUUGAACUUUUAACUGAUUUUGCGCUUUUUUUCAAUCUAUAUUUAUUUUUUCAAUAAGCUUUAGUAGGCCCACACUAAAGGAUAUGAUGGUGGAAGUUUCAAAACGCGGCUCCAUCCUUCUUUGCUGCCUGUUGCUGCAACCGGUGUUCUCAGUGCAGAAUCAGAUGUGUGACAUGGUGAAGGAGAUCGACAAGCAGAGGGGCAUGUGCUUGGCGAGGAUCGAGAACAAAACCACAGGUAACCUGUCAAAGACUUGCACUGAGGAUGGCUGGACUCCAAUCAGUAUAGACUCCUACAUAUUAGACUGUGAAUACAAUCCCAACAACACCAUGGAGAAUACGGGAGAGUUCUUCAACGCUAUCAAAGUGGGUUACACCAUCGGUCACAGUGUGUCUCUCAUAUCUCUGAUGAUCGCCAUCAUCAUACUGUGUCUCUUUCGGAAGCUGCACUGCACAAGAAACUACAUCCACAUGAACCUCUUUGUGGCUUUUAUUUUGAAGGCUGUGGCCGUUUUCAUCAAAGAUGCCGUUUUGUUUGACGUCAGGGAGAGGGACGAUUGCCAGUCGACCGUGGGCUGCAAGGCCGUGGUGGUCUUCUUCCAGUACGGGAUCAUGGCCAGUUUCUUCUGGCUGCUGGUGGAGGGUUUCUAUCUCCACACUCUCUUAGCCGUUUCCUUCUUCUCUGAGAGGAAGUACUUCUGGUGGUACAUCCUGAUUGGUUGGGGUGCUCCAACCAUCUUUAUCUCAGCAUGGGUGAUUACGAAGGCUUAUUUAAAUGAUCCGGGCUGCUGGGAUAUAAUUAAUGAUAGGCCAUGGUGGAUCAUCGAGACACCUAUUUUAGUAACCAUACUUGUGAACUUUUUUCUCUUCAUCCGUAUUAUCCGGAUUUUGCGACAGAAAAUGAAUUGCCCCGACAUCGGAAGAAAGGAAUCCAAUCAGUACUCGAGACUGGCUAAAUCCACGCUGUUGUUGAUCCCUCUCUUUGGAAUAAACUACAUAAUUUUUGCCUUCAUCCCUGACCACAUCCACCCCCAAGUGAGAAUGGUGUUCGAUCUUAUUCUGGGGUCAUUUCAGGGUUUUGUUGUUGCUGUUUUGUACUGCUUUCUAAAUGGAGAGGUACAGGCGGAGAUCAAGCGUAAGUGGCGCAGAUGGAUGCUGCAAAGGUUCCUGGGUGCUGGGACUAAGUACCAGCAGCCCUCUAUUGGCAGCAACGGCAACAACUUCAGCACCCAGAUAUCCAUGUUGACCAAAUGCAGCCCCGCAUCUCGACGGGCAUUGGAGUGUCAGGAGCACCUCUCUGCCAUCUGAAACCAUCUAACAAGUCGGCUUUUUGUUUUUCUCAUUUUUUUUACUCAAAGCAUGGCUCCAAAUGUGCUGCUGCAAUGCAGGUAAAUCUGGUUACUGAAGGACAAUUUGACAUUUUAGUGCUGAAGCCGACAAGUGAUCAGUGAAAGGCACUGAAACCACUUUAACAGACAGGACCAGCUAAGUAAAUGGGUGUAAUAUUUAAGUUCACGUUAGCAAUGAAUGUCUUAAAAACACACAAACAUGACCACUAUAAAACACUGUUCUCCUACUGUAUUAAACGUUUAGUGUUGAUACACAGGUAAACAGUUACAGCUUCUACGGCUCCAUCUGAUGUGGAGCUGCGAUGGAUAAGAACGAGAGACGAGCUGUGUCCUAUAGGAAGAAGAUGUUUAUUAAAAGGGUGUGUUGCACCGGAGAACUCGGAGCACUUAACCUAAUGGCCUGUGUCGCUAAGAGGAGCAGUAGUAACAUCAUGAAUGACAUUGUCAUGUUUUCACUGAGGAGGACUCUAUAGUAUAACCUGUGUAGUCAACGUUCCCCUCCUGUCUAAGACAGUUUUAUACGGAGCAAACACUCAGCUGAAUUACUGCCGGAUAACAUUCCAGAGGAAACAAAAAAAAAAGAUCCUGUUUUUGCAAUGUAUCUCAGAUUACAGAAGCUUUUAGUUUAGUCUGAGUGCACAGUGCCUCUGCAGAUGUUCAUUUUGACCGUUUCUGCAGCUAAUGGAGCAGAUGUUUUCAGUUAUUAGUCCACACUACACAACAUUGUCCAUUAACAUGUCAGCAGAGAUUACUUUCAAUUAACUGGAUUGCAUGCACGAUUCAUUUAAUUUAAUUGAUUGUUUUUUAUGUAGUCUAUCGUAUACUGUUCCAUAUGUACAGAUUAGAUAACUUUAUUAUUGUGCCGCGUUGUUUUUUAGCCAUGUUAGUGGCAACGCUCCUAGACCACUUCAGUCAAGACGGAAAUAUCUCCAAAACUCUGAGAUGGAUCAACAUCAGUUUCUUUGAGACAUUCAUGGUCCCCCAGAGGAAGAAUCUGAAUGACCCUUUGACUUUUCCUCUGGCUCCACCAGAAGGUCAGAUUUUCCUCUUGUCGUAAUUUACAAACUGAUUGGGACAUUUUUUUUUUUUUUUUUUAAAGAAGUGUAUUAUUCCCAGUAGAAGAGUCCUCAUGACUUUGGUUGUCCCCUGACUUUUCCUCUGUUGCUACCACAGAGUUUACAUUUGAGGUUUCGAGGGAAAAGUCUCAAUGAUAAUUUGAUGGAUUACCAUAAAAUAUAAUUUAAAUGACUUUUAAUGAUUACGGUUAUGCCUUAACUUUUCAUUCAGUGCUGUCAUCAGAAGAAAUCUUUAAAGUUGUCCAGUAUAUCAUGACUAGCUGCAAAACUAAUGACAUUCCCCUUAACCCCUGCUGUACUGUGUGUUAUGUAAGCACGCUAAAAUGUGAGAAUAACAUUUCUAACGCUCUAAACUUCAGCAUGUAAGCUUUGCCAGUGUGAACAUGAAACUGAAAGCGUUGCUUCACACAGAGCUUGACUGUAGAUUCUUCAUUUUGUCGAUGUUAUAGGAUUGAUCACUGUAAAGAAUGAUGAUGAUGGCUGUAACUUCACUUUUCUCUUCCUUCAUAUAAGAUGUAAAUCCACCUCUUGCCUCAAAACAGACAUUUUAAAAACGUGUUCACAUUUCAUGUUGCUGCAUGAUGUUCACUUUAGUCCCUUCUUCCUGUUCUGUAAACCUGAAACUGAAUUUAGACAAAGUCAAAGAAUCGCAGAUUCAUUUUUAAAUUACAGCAGUUGUAAAUACUGUGUGACCGUAAACACAGCUGAAGAAUUGAUCUGUAAUGUAUUUUGUGUUGUUGGCUUGUUGUGCUCAGGUGUCAACUGGAAAUCGACGUUUACAUUUAAAACUGUACAUUCCUCACACAUGCCGUUUGCAUAAUGUCAAUAAGGUUGUAGUAUUUGUUGCUAUGUACAUUUUAUGUAAAUACAUUGUAUGUGUGGAAUCAGAUGAAAAGAUGUUAUUGAACAAAAUGAUGAAGGUGAAUAAAAAUCUUGCACAGUGAACAAAUCUCCUGUCAGAGAGACUCGUCACUUUAAAUCGA